AUGCAACAGCAGGAGAGAACGUCCACCGAAAAUGACACACAUUUCACAACAACGGUGGAGCUUGUUGGCCUCCAGUUCACCAGGAAAACAGUUGAAACCUAUAUUGCUAACACACGAGCGGUGGAAAGAGGGGGGGCACUUUUGAACAGUAUAUCCCACACUCGUGCAGCGCUCGAAGGGCACGUAUUGAAAUUGGAGGCAAAGUGCAAGGGAACGGCUCAGUAUGACAUUGUUGUUCGACUUAACGUCGAGACGCAAGAUGUGGUUGAUGCAACAUGCACCUGUCCGGUACCGACCAAAGGAAAGUGCAAACACUGCGCCGCUGUAAUGCUACUAUUUUGUGCGCGGUAUGAAGACUUUUUGCCAAAGAGUAUUGAAUCUAGCAACAUCGGGCAUCCGGAGAGAGGAACUGGAUCAUCAAUACCGCGCACACCACAGAAACCAGCAGUAUUGAAAACUCCUCUCUCUACUCCAGCAAAGCGAAAGCUGCCGUGGAACACUAAUGAUGGGCAGAAGAGAGUAAAAAAGACCAUACCUGCGAGUUCUACGUCAACGCAGAGCAACGCAGCAAGUCCCAAGCAAGCCGGAACGCAUCCCGCACAAGCAAAGAGCACACCAGUCUCCAAAGAACAAACACCCAAACAUCCAUCCGUACUCUACAUCCAAACCGAUGACGAAGUAUUGGAGGCUGCUCGAAAGUACCUUCUCCCAUUCCGUCAACAACGACUACGAGAAUUGGAGGAAGAAGAGAAGAGACGAGUAAUUGAAGAACCAACUGGAUCAAAGUCGAUGAGACCCAUGAAGUCGACGGGACGUCUAAAAACUUCCAAGAGGAACAUCAAAGGAAAACCCAAAGUGCCAGAUCCAAACUUUUGGAACAUUAUUGAUCCUCACGAAGACGAUAGCGUUCGUGGAGAUACCAACCAAAAUCUUCCCGUGCCGAAUCGCCGGACGGUUGAGCAUGCAAGACCAUCAUCACCACGGAAACAGGAUAGUUUCUUGAAUGACGAUACCAAAUACCUCCCACGCACAGGCUCAUCCGAGCAGUCAACAACUGUACACACGAAGCGCGCCAUCUUAUUGGAUUCAGAUACAGAUGACGACACCGACGCACCAAAUAACAACGUCGCACCUCCGAACGAAGGGACAAAUCCAGUGCUACAUGCACCUGCUACACUGAAACAAGGAGAAACAGAAGUACACGAACGCCCGUUACAAGGUCUGUUGGGAGAAUCCGACACAGACGACGACGGAGAUGAUAAGCUGGGAUCUAAUCCGAGUACCUUGGACUCUUCACCGAUUGCAAGCAUGCCCGCUCAUGAAAGUACAUCUAUAGGUACUUCUCGUCGACAUGAGGGCAAGUCUUGGGGGGAUGCCAAGCUGACAGACAGGAUAAAUGCCACGACUGGGGGAUCCAAGCCUGCUACUAAUAGAAUUGACGCGAUGCUGGAAGACUUGUUUUUUUAAUAUGUGGUUGUGGCUUGAAUGUACUCUAUCAAUUUGUAUUGCCGUUUUACCAUGGUAUU